AUGACCGAAGUUUCUUCUACCCGCCUCUAUCUUGGCAACCUCCCACGUAACGCGACUAAAGCCGACGUGGAGGCGCAUUUCCAGACCCAUGGCACUGGCGAAAUCACCGAGAUCAAGCUCAUGAACGGCUUCGGCUUCAUCGAGUACAAGGAUGCCAUGGAUGCUCGCGAUGUCGUUCCUGCUUUCCAUGGCUCCGACUUCAUGGGCGAGCGACUCAUUGUUCAGUUCGCUCGCGGUUCCCGCCGCAAUGAGAACUUCACUCCUCACGAACGUGCGGCGCCUCGGCCUCGUCGCACCCCAUUCCGGAUGCGUAUCUCUGGCCUUCCAGUGGAAACCAGUUGGCAGGACCUUAAAGACUUUGCCCGACAGUCUGGCCUUGACGUUGUCUAUUCUGAAGUUGGUCGCGAGCGCGAUGGGACUGGAUUCGUUGAAUAUGAAACUGAAGCCGACCUGAAGACUGCGGUUGAGAAGCUAGACACGCGUGAAUUCAAGGGAAGCGAAGUCCGCUGCGUCCAGGAUGUCAGUCAGCCACCACCCCCUCCGCCAUUCAAACCGAGAGCCCCGUAUAGCGGGCAGACUCAGGAAGACAGGGGUAGAGACAGGUACCGCUCCCGUUCCCCGGCAGGACGUCGUGGCUACCCACCAGCUCCAUAUGAUGAUUACUAUGACCGCCGUGCUCCACCCCGCGGGUAUAGCCCUCGUGGUGGUGGUGGUCGCGACGAGUACCGACGCCGGACACCGCCGCGCGACUUUUACGAAUCUCGCGACCGUUAUGGACGUGCCUCUCCUCGCGGUCGCGGCCCAGUUGAUGAGUAUGGUCCACCCCGAGGCCGAUAUGGCGAAGACCCGUACGAUGCCCGUGGCCCUCCACCGCGUCGCGGCUACGAUGCAGACCCUUACGUGAAUGGACAUAGUCGCCCGUACGAUGCCCGAGCCCCAUCCCCGCGCCGCCCGCGAAGCCCGGCUGCCCGUCCAGGCUACGAGGCUGAGUAUCCGCCCCGCCGCUACUGGUAA